AUGUCUGACAAAGGCAAGUGUGCCACUGAUGUCGAGAACACCACUUCACCCGUAACCCAACAGACUUUUCCUGCGGAACCUUCAGGAAUAGUUGAUGCGAGUGAACCUAUUCACACGGAUGAUAAGAACAAGAGGGUUGACGCUCGUGGCGAUGCACCGCCAUCCGUGUGGCAAUCAUUUAGUGCAAAGAUGAAGCAUAUUGCAGGUACUGUUGUUCCAUAUGGUGGAUUAGUGUCAAGUGUUUUUAACCUUUGUUCAGUGUGCAUUGGUGCCGGUAUCCUUGGACUUCCUGCCGCGGCAAACCGCAGUGGGCUUGUGAUGGCAAUGUUGUAUUUGGUGGUUAUUGGUGGGUUGGGUGUUUUUUCCCUGCAUAUCCUGUCACUUGUGAUGGAGAAGACCGGUCUUCGCACGUUUGAGCACACCGCAAGAGGGGUUAUGGGGCGAAGGUUUGAGUAUUUUGUUGUUGUUAUUCGAUGGAUCAACUCGUUCGGUGCGACGGUUUCCUAUGUGAUUAGCGUCGGCCAUGUGUUGAAUCCCAUCAUAGAGAAAUCGUGCGGUGCUCCCGAGUUCCUGAGGACUCCGGGUGGGAUUCGUCUCCUGACUGCACUCACAUGGAUGGUUUUCAUGUUGCCACUCGUUUUACCGAAGAGGGUUAACUCGCUCCGCUAUGUUUCCGGUUUCGCAAUUAUUUUUGUCCUGUACUUCGUCUUCGCAAUUGUGAUUCAUGGAGCUCAAAGCGGACUCCCGAAGUUAACGAGUGAUGAAGAAGAUGGCGUGAAGUUGUUCAACACUGGAAACUCUGCUAUUGCGUCCGUUGGUGUUUUUAUGUUUGCAUAUGUUUGCCAGAUCAAUUGCUAUGAAGUUUACUGGGAGAUGAAGAAGCGCAGCUGUGCCAGGUUCACAGUGUACGCUGCCAUAUCCAUGGCGUUUUGCGGUAUUCUGUACGCACUCACUAUUUUGUUUGCGUAUGGUGAGUUUGGUGGUGCUAUCGACAACUCAAUUCUUCUCAUGUACAAUCCCAUCACGGAGGUGAUGAUGAUGAUAGGUUUCAUUGGCAUGGUGGUCAAACUUUGUGUUGCUUACGCCCUUCAAACAAUGGCGUUGCGGAACACAAUAUAUCAUGUUCUGGGCUGGGAAUUAGAGACGCUGCCUUAUUGGAAGCACUUUUCCUUCGUGAUUCCCCUUUCCCUCGUUGUGUUGCUGGCUGGCCUCUUCAUUCCUAACAUUAACACUGUGUUUGGUAUUGUGGGUGCUAUUUGUGGCGGGUUCCUCAGUUUCAUAUUCCCAUCGCUAUUCUACAUGUAUUCUGGCAAAUGGACUCGACGGAAUGUGGGCAACUUCCACUUUUUUGGAACCUACUUUCUUUUAUGUGCUGGCGUCGUGGGUCUCGUCUUCGGUACAGUCUCCGUCGUGUCGGAAAACAUUUUGGCGCUUAUCGCCAACAAGGUGGAAGUUGUUCGUGUGAGGGCGCCGGAAACUCAGUGCUGA